GUUGUGUUUGUAGUUUAUACGUGUAAACACGUUGACCUGGUCUGUUUGCGGCAAAUUGUGAUUUUAGCUAAAGUAAAGCUGCUAAAUUAUAACUAGCUAAUAUUACUGUAACAACUACUUGUUCUGGUCGAACGACGGAUUACUGUUUAUUUUACCAAAUCAUAAGUGUAGUUUUUCUCCAAGCAAGAAUGGCUCCCAAGAAAAAGAAAACGUCCACAGGAAGUGCAGGCAAUAAAGGAAGAGGGAAGGAGAUUCUGACACCCACACCUGUGGAACAACCUGAUCACCCAGAAGAUAUCUUCCCCAUAGUCCUGACAUCAGCCACCCAGGAGCUCUUCGGUUGCCGUGCUGAUGAGGACGUUACGAGGGAGAGCCCCUUCAAGCUGCUGAAAAAAGACAGCAUCGUACAGGACAUUAAAACCAGAGCCGCAGUGUCCGAUUUCAGCCCUGUGAAGCAAACUGUGCUGGAUUACCCAGAGGACGAGAUCCUUCUUGUUUUCGACCGAGAGUUCACAUAUGGCCAACGCUUCUAUCUGGUUCUGACACCAAAGGCCAAGGAUGGAAUUCUCUGUCCCCCACAGCCUGAAACGCUAGAAGUGUUGGAAAACAGAAUCAAUAACACCCCAGAACCAAAGCGAUGGAUUUCUCUUGGCAGUGAGAAGGAAAUUGAUGAGGAAUGUGUCAAAGAGACGCGGGACAAGCUGCUAUACAAGUUCUCCAGGGUGCGGAGGAAGUUCGGGGCACCGGUGUGUUUCUCUGACCGCAGCGCUGCAGACGCUAAGGGUGGCUACCUGGAGUGUGCUUCCUAUCAAGACAGCAGAUUCAGCAUCAAGCAAAUGCAGAGGGACUGCGGGAUGCAGGCUGUGCCUGGACUGCAGAGCAGCAGUGCUCAGACACAGUGGAUUGUUCAGAGGAAUGUCUUUACGCAGUACAAGGCAAGAGAAUUAAGUAAGGUGGAAAUAGAAAACAUCCUCCAGACUGAGUCUCUGAAGAAUUUCCUCAACUCAGUGACCUUCAGACUUUUGAAGGCCCUUCAAGAGGAAGAGGUUAUGAAAGUGUUUGUUGAUGACUGCAAGGCUUUGGGAACAGAGAGUGAAGCUGGUGACUGGUCUGGGAAUGUUUCUGAAGGCUUAAUGCUUUAUCAGGCCUUCAGCAACCAGAAUUAUACAGCAGACAGAAAGGUCAGCUGUAUCAACUGGCACCCAACCAUCUUUGGUGUGAUAGCGGUGGCUUUGACAAGGAGAAAGGUGGAGCAGUUGAACGAGUCCGCUGUGUCGGACACUGGAGCUUCACUCAUUGUCUUCUACAGCUUCUCUGACCCGUCUCAUUGCCAGUUGCUGCUGGAGUGUCCAGAUGACAUUUUUGCUUUUGAGUUCUGCCCCUCGGAUCCCAAUGUUAUCGUUGGCGGCUGCACGAACGGCCAGGUUGUCUUGUGGGACAUUUCUGCUCACAUCUCACACUUGGAGGGAACACAGUCAAGUGGUAAAACGGUCUCUGAAACCUUUGAGCUCGAUGACAAGAAGGAGAAUAAGACCCCUGUUGUGCGCUACUGUGCAGUUUCUGCCUUAGAGAGCGGCCACAAAGCACCAAUUACUGAUGUCAAAUGGCUGCCACCGACGUUUGAGGUGACCAGGACGGGCUCACCAGUGGAGAACAGGAACCACGCCUCUGUUCAGUUUGUCACCUGCUCCCCUGACUGCUCGAUACUGUUCUGGGAUGUGCGAGUCAAACAGCUGAGCCAAUCGGCGUCAGACAGGAAGCAGCAGACGACACCUUACGCUGUCCCUGACAGAUUCAAGCACUUGGACUGGACAUGGAAACCGCUGUUCAGGGUUUCCUUGCCAAAAAUCAACACCACUGGAGAAUAUGCUCCUCUGAAGUUCAACUUUGAGCCUUACACCCGUGAGAGCACAACAGAUGGAGGCACAGACAAGGCUGAUGAAAACGAAGCAGACUCAGACAUCCCAGACUUCAGCCAGCUCAGUGCACACUCGGCCAGAACACUCCCAGCUCUGGCAGAUGUCAAUACUAAGCUCUACAUAGGAACAGAGGACUGUGAGAUCAUCUACACUGACUGGAAGCUGGUGAAGGACGACUCUGGACGGAUGCACAGUUCCAAGCCUCUCCACUGUUGUAACAUCCAUCACGGGAUGGUGAAUACAGUCCAACGAUCACCCUUCUUCAAAGACAUCAUUUUAACAAUAGGAGGCUGGAACUUUGCCAUCUGGAAGGAGGGAGUCAUGGAUGGACCCAUCGUCCUGUCACAAGGUUUUGAGCAGGUGUGCACUGUGGGCUGCUGGUCCUUGUCGCGGCCAGCUGUUUUCUUCAUUGGGAAAGAGAACGGUAGUAUUGAGGUGUGGAACCUGCUGGAAAAGACCAAUGAGCCGGUCCACGUCCAAGCACAUGCCACCAACGACACCAUUUCCUCCAUCACUCCCUGGGUCGCCUCUCCCAAGCAGCACUUUCUGGCUGUGAGUGACUGCCUUGGAAUAGUCCGUGUUUUUGAAAUCCCUAAAAAACUUUACAUUCCCUCCAGGAAUGAGGCUUUGAGCAUGAAGAAAUACUUUGAACAUGGGGAGGAAGGGCUGAAGGACUUUUUAAAGAAGAAGGAGCAGUGGGAUAAGCAGAACGCGGAGCUGGACAAGCCAGACGCCGCCACGCUGGAGUCUGAGGAGCUGACAGUGAAGGAGUACAGCGAUUACCUGACGCUGCAGGAGAGCAUCCUGAAAGGCAGAGGCCUGAUGCCAGCCGCCGUCACGCAGCAUCACUAACUGCAUGUUACAUUAAAGCUUGGGUGGAUUUGAUAAAACA